UUUAUCACACGCGGAAGCCACCUGCAGCGGACUAUUGGAGGCCGGCCAGUACGGUCUGUCAUUGUUCCACCAAAACCACUAACGACGUGAUCGUGACUGAACACAUGUCGUGCUUUGCUGAGCUGCUGGAGUCGCGAGUAUCCGUCACGUGGCGACGUUCCAAGCAGUAGACGCAUUGGCCAUUCCCCCGUUCGAUAACACUGGCGUGUUCUUGUCAAGGAUUAGACAAAGUCUAACAUAGGUCUAUUGGUGAACGCAUAUCGUACCACUGUAAACCGUCAGGUGCUUUGCAUUAGCCUCCUAACGCUGGUCUGGCUCAUCUUGUCUGACACGAAAAUGACGGUUAUCCAUGCAUAUCGCACCUGUUAUAGGAUUUCUCCUUUCGUCGGAGCAGUUCUUGUUCAGUACUGUGCGGUGUGCAAGGGUGCCUACAAGCUCGUUCCCUGCUCAGAUUGCUGCAUUCAUCCCCUGCUGAUGUUUGCAGUAUUGACGUUGUGGUACCGUUGGGGGAGCUAGCCUAGACAGAACGCCCAUGUCGGACUGAUAGACGCCGGCCAAUCCUACCACCGCAGUACAGAACACAUUGAAAGCCGUCAUUCCCGUCUGCCUCACCACCUGGCUUACCAUAUGCUACUCGCCCCUGUCUGACGUGAAACGACAUCGUCCCUCGAUCGUUACCCACACUCUUCCCCCGAUCUCCCUGCCUCGGCCAGCUGCGGGGGCGACUGACGAAGACCAAGGACUAAGUUCAAAUUUCCAAGAGCCUUCUCUCAACCAUGCCAGUCCAUACCGGCACAUGGAUGCUCAUUCUUCUUGUUCUCGUCUGUUCUGUUCCUGCAUCGGCCAAGCCACACUCACGAAGCCGGCAGGGUAGCAAAAGGAGCGUGGAUCGUCAAGAUGAUGAUCACAUGAUCAGCGAAAGAGGCUUAAACGUGACGUGUGCUAGUAUAACAUUGUCCCUGCCAUUGAACGAGACACGUGACGCCAAUGCCUGGGUGGACUUACGGCUGCUCAAGGACGCAGAUCCAGGAGCACAAGGAGAGUCCUUCUGGAGAGUACAGGCUCAAAUUGGCCCCAAUCAUCACCACCGCCAGCUGAGCAAUGAUGAGCCUGUCUACCAAGCGUUCUUCGGAGCUCUCAGUCAACAAGAGAAGUUUACAGCCAACAUUUCGCUUCGCACUGCUUCUCUGCCUCACUGCCACCAUGGCAGUAACAGCACAGAGCAUCUUACCAUUCGAAUUACGUGUGAGAACUGCACCAGCAAGGAGCUCACUUCCAUCCACGACUCCUUCAGCGCUUGCAAGGCAGCAAGGCGUAUUCCCUAUGCGUGUGAUGAGUCGCACCCGCUGUACACUAAGGAGCUGUGUGAUGAGAAGCAGCGAAACUGGCUGCAGAGCGACACAGCAUUUCAGCUAUUCCCGCGCAAUUCUCCCGUCUUCAGGUUUGACGGCUGGACCAUCUGCGAGUUGUGCAGUUCCAGACCAUUGCUGAACCUAACGUCAGAUCAAUGCAUUGCCAAUACCCCAGUUCAUGUCAAAACACCCACGACCACGGCCUUAGCGGAGAAUGACGUCCCAACGGACAGCCCCGCCGUGCCGCGUCCAGAGGAGCUAUUCACCCCGCAACUGCUGAGCGGAUAUGUGCGGUCCCGGAUACCCAUGGCGGAGUGCAGGUGUCGGCUGGUCAAUGUCUCUGUGCCGGUGGACCCCGACCGGCCGACAACACUAUUCUACUCACGAACGCUGGGUCGACAAUUCUCGCAUUUCAACGUGAGUUUCUGCAUUGAUUCCAGAUUCACACAUCAUAGAAAUGGCUCGUUCUCCUUUAGACCUGGUUGGGAAAAUCGAGAUGAUCUUCAGGGAUGCUGCAGAUUGCCUGCAGGUGAUGAAUCGCUCAGAUAUACUUUUCAAGAGUCUUCUCCUAGCAAUAGAAUCAAGCAAUACAUCCUGUUCUCCGUGCCGUCCGCUACGUGCAACGAAGCAGUACAAGAUAUACCAUAUCCGACCCAUCCCCCGUUCACCGACCCUGGACUACUAGCACACUCAGCCAAGACCAGUGCCAGUAGUACCAGUGGACCAGGCCAGUGAGCAUGGCCGUGGCGGAGCGGUGUACCUCCUACUCUACUGGACACACCACGUAUGUCUAUGAAGGCUCGGGUCACUGUAUGGCAGUAUGUGUCCAGUGUGUACAGUGUGUGAAGUGUAUGCUAGUCACGUGGCUAUCACUAGACGAGACACUUGGUGGCCUGGCACCGGGUUGUGGUCAUCCUUACACCACACGUACUAAUACUAAUACUGACGCACAUACUGUGACAUAGUCCUCACAGUCUGUUGUGACGUGUUUGCGUAUCCACUGUGGAAUGUUUGAGCUACUCAAAGGCUGCACUGCGAACUCAAAUAUGCAGUAUAAAUGCCAGCAAGCGGAAGUGAUACUUACAUGUAGAAGUUAGAUGACUGCUAGACAGAAUCCGGACGGUAUUAGUGUUGAUACUGUGAUAGUAGCAAUUGUGAUCACAAUGCCACGGUGUAUUAGUCUAGCUCAUGCAGCUCUAUUAUUGUCAGUGAUCAUUGCUCCUAGAACCCGCUGCUAGUACUGAAGUAGGAGUGUGAAGAUCAGAGCAUACUUGAGUGAAUUAUUUCCGUUUAGAAAUGAGCUCAUACCAGUCAUUAUGAUUCGUUGACAUUAGCAACCAGUAGUACCAGUAGUACCAGGAUACCAAUCAUGCCAUACUCGCUGAUCUACAGGCACCCACCACCAGCAGCAGGUACAUUGCCUUAGCUUUCAAUCGCUCAUAGCUUGCAAUGCCUACAUUGCAUGUAGCCAACGUAUUGAUUUUUGACGCUGAUUUUUCUCACGCACCACACGAACACAUGCACACGCCUGUGCGCCUCUCUUCUCUCUCCUCUCUCUCUCUCUCUCUCUCUCUCUCUCUCUCUCUCUCUCUCUCUCUCUCUCUCUCUCUCUCUCUCUCUCUCUCUCUCUCUCUCUCUCCGAAUCUCUUCGAAUCUCUUCCUUAAGUUACAUACCGGUAGGCUAUAAGCAUGAUUGACGUUUUGUUCAUUCGUGAAAAGACUUGAGAUUGAUGAGGUUCUAUUCUAUUCAUUAGUUUGAGGGCUCAUUACGAGUCAUUAGGCAUUAUCGUGGCGAGGCAAUUCAUUGAGUGCCAAAAUCUCAAUUUUCGCACUCCAAACUCUGCAUGUACAUGACAUGUAUGUACAGGUUGAUAUAGAGAAGGGAAACAAAGCGUUGUUGCUGCCACCAUGGUUACUCCCGUCACGCUUAGAGAUCAUCAGACAGCAGUGACGCCAGUGAUUUUAAAAGUCCACGAUUAUCAUGAUUAUGUUGGAUGUGUACUCUGUGUCCAUGUGCAUGUUACGGACUUACGGUAUGUGCUUCGAAGUAGGACUCAUUUCAGAGAAACAAUAGAUCAGCCGUAGUUACGAUAAUGUGCAUUCCCUUUUCCGUGCACUGGAAUGAUGUAGGAUACAUGCAACAGGCUAUACCGGCAGGCCCGGCACUGUGUAAGGUGUACGAGUUUGCUGUCGCUGCACUUCUGCUAUUUCUGCUCUUUUUUUGGUGGUUUUGCACAAGAACUCUCCAAUUUUAAGUUGCGAUAUCAGCAACUUUUGAGCGUUUUCUGAAAAAUUAAUAUGGAUUCGAUUU